CUUACGUCAGUGGUGUCAAAAAUGUUCGCCGAAGAAAGCGAUCUAAAUAGAUAAUUAAAACAUUUUCCGAUGAUUCCUCUCAAUGGUAGUGCCUUUUUAAACAUAAUGCCAGCAAACUAGUAAUAUGGAGAGCGACACUGCAGGGUUCACCCUGCCCCCGGCGCCCGGGGGGUUGUGCUUCGAUCGAAACGAUUUCGUCAAGACAAAUUUCUCCGUGGACAACUUCCUCGCAGAGCACCAGAAUGUGUCUUCUUUGGAGACUAUGCGAGAUGACCUGGGCGCUUAUUUGAAGGUGCUAAGGCUGGCGAUGAUAGAGUUGAUUAACAAGGACUACGCUAAUUUCGUCAAUUUGUCGGCGACACUCAUCGGCUUCGACAAGGCCAUCGCUAAAAUACAAACGCCUCUAACGCAACUCAAUGGAGAAGUCUUGGGUGUGAAACAAUGUCUAGAUGAUGCCAUGAAAGAGCUAUCUAUGUGGCUCAACCAAAGACAUGGUCUACAGAAGAAAAAACAACUAUUAAGAUACUAUAGUCAAACUAUCAACAGUUUGUCCACCUUGGAAAAUAUUUUACAAGAUAUUUCCAAUAAGAAAAAACAUGAACAGAUUGCAUUAGCGGACCGGGCAGCCAUGCAAUACAAUCAGUUGAAGUUUUCUAUCUCCAAAUGUGAGAGUUUAAUCAAAUCUGAUCAGAAAACACAGUUCAACAAUAUUGGAGGAAAGCUCAUUCAACAUUUAAAUGAUCUGUUAUUCAUAUUCUGGAAUGAUAGCGAUGAAAAUAACAUGCUUAAAGCAUUAUUAACACUGGCAUCUUUAGACAGAGUGACAGAAACAGAGAUGCUUGUAAGAAAGCAGGCAAUAGCUCCGUUGCUGCAGGACAUUAUAAGUGAGCCAGCGUUACAGCGAAGCAAAGAUGGUCUCCAAGGAGUUUAUGAACGAAUCUUAGCUUUACUAGACACAAAACUGAAGCUUCUCCACUCUGUAAUGGAACAUUCCAAGAUGUCUUUCCUUGCUAAGCAGUAUAGAUUCUUAGUCAAUUGUUUUUGGUGCGAGGUAGAGAGUAGGCUGGAAGUUAAUUUGGCAUCUAUAUUUGCGCCUGGCAACCCUAAGAUAUUCUAUAGGCGAUAUAAUGAGAGUGUUCAGUUUGUGAGGAAGCUGGAGGAGUACUGUGGAGACCCGGAGAUGGUGAGGCUGCUGCAUGAGACGGCGGAGUAUAAGAACUUUCAGAAGAGAUGGAAUUUGCCUGUGUACUUCCAAAUAAGGUUUCAAGAAAUUGCAGGUAGUUUUGAAGCAACACUACAGAGUGCCCCAAUAAAACAAGAGAAAGAUGGUUUGGUGCUAAAAGAGACCUACAGCUGUUGGGUCGCCCUCCAGCAGUGCUGGUCGGAUGGGGUAUACAUUGAGGCUCUAGCUCACAAGUUCUGGAAGCUGUCGCUGCAGCUGCUAGCCCGGUAUUCCACUUGGUGCUGCACUAUCUGUACCCAGAAAUCUCCAAAAUUAGAACCAACCAGUGUAAAUAGAACUCUAAUAGACAACAGUAUUAGCAUCUACGUCGACACGCAAACGCUCCUCCAAAGGCUACCGCAGUUCCUUCAAUCUAUCGAACAUAAAGUACCUUGCCAAAAGGAUAUACUCCGAAAUAGUUUGAAAAUCACAGAGGCGACACUCCAAGGAAAUAGACACAAGAUAAAAGAGUCUAUAGUCAACGAGAUGUCCGAUUAUUUUAACAUACAAUUGAAGCAAGUGAGUGAUAUACCGCGUUUGUACAGGAAGACGAAUAGAAGUGUGCCGACUAAGCCUUGCACUUAUAUAGAUGUGGUUAGCAGAGAGGUGCACCAGUUCAAUGAGAGCGGAAGCCAGCGGCUAGAUAACGCGUUUAUGCAGGAAAUAUUCGCGGCGCUGUUCAAUGUUAUGACGGAGUCAUAUUACAAGUACGUAGAAGACGUCCUAACCUCUGUUCAAAAAACAGAAGACUCCCUAAGAAGACUGAAGCAGAUUCGCGAAAAGACCGCCCAGCGGAGCAGCGAGAGCUCAGGACCGACUGACGGGGAGAAAAUCCGCCUACAACUCAGUGUUGAUGUGGUGUCCUAUGGAGCCCUAGCGAGAGCAAUGCAGGUCGAUGUCAGCGCGUUGCACAAGUAUAAAGAACUUAAUUCUAUGGUCACGGAAGCUGUAAAAAGUAUAGAUAUUAAAUGAUAUGCACAUUUAUACGUUAA